AAUUAGUAAACGGGUCUUGUAACAGCAUUGACUACACAUUUGGAGGAGAAAUGAACAUUUCUGCUGAGGUAAUGCCUCGUUGUGUCGUACAAGCAGUUGGAAACGAAACGGAACCUGGCAAUUCUCAGAUGAUAAAUGAUGGAGAUUCGAAAACGAUUACAUGUUACUGCAACAGUUCCGAGAUUUGUACGAUAAAAAAUGACACAUUCAAGAAGACCUUCGAAACACCAAUGCCAGAAAAUGGUAUAACAAUUUACCGUUGUCUAUACGAUUUCCUUACAGAGUACAAAGUCGAAGCAGAGCGGUAUGUUCUAGGCUACAUUUUCAGUUCCACAUUCGUAGAAAGUACAACGCCAACCGCAGCAACCAAAAUCAGAAGAACAAUACGGCCUUACAAGGAUGAAGAUGAAGACGAAGACGAAGACGACAACUCAGAACCACGCAAAAAGUAAGCUUAAACGGGACUGAAAUUCUAUGGCAUCGUUCUUACGGUUUUAACACUUCUUUUGAUCUUCACAGCAUACUACGCU